AUGGAUUAAUCUUAGUCAAGUAAAACUUGUGAACAUAUAGACAAGUAAUAGGAAUAUUUUAUAAAUAUUUAAGGAAAUGCUGAAAAAGUAAUAGUCUGCCCUCAAUGCGUGAUAGAGUUUAACUACUAGGGAUAAUACCUACUUUACUCUUAGCAAAUUAAAAGUUCAAAUGAUGAAACAAUAUUUAUAAAUUGGCCACCAUUAAAUAAUAUGAAUUUAUGUAAAAAGGUUUAAGAUCAUUUAAAACAAUAACAGAAAGCAGAUUAUUCAUCAAUGAGAAGCAAUACCAUCUAAUUUUUUUAAGAUUUUAAGAAAGAUUUAGUCACUUUGAUAGAUUCUUACCAAAAAAACAUCAUGAUAAAAAUAGAUUAAAUGGAAAACUACAGAAACGAAUUAGUUUGUUUAUAUAACAAUAUUUCUUAAAAGGAAGAAAUAAAAAAUAUUAUUAAAAUGGAUAUCGAAAUGCAAUCUGUAAAGUUUGGUGAAAUUCUAAAUUCCCUUAUGGAAAAAAAGGAACAAAAUACUAAAUAACUAGAGGAGUUUAUUAAUGGUCAAGAAAAGGCUUAACAUGUUACAAAUUUAGAGAAUGCUAAAAAAAUCAGAAAAAAUUUUUUAGCUAUUGCAGAAUAGUAUAUAUGCUAAGGUAUUUAUGAAAUUAAAGAAUCUUUCUAAAAUAUUGAAUAAAACAGCUCUAAGUGUAAGUCUUAGCUUUUUUAAUUGCUCAGUAUUCCAUCAAAUUACAUUACUUAAGAAUACUAACAAAGUAUAUUAAAUAAGUUGGAUAUUUUACCAAUUACCUUUUUUGAUGUUAACAAUAUUAAUGCUUUUGUUAAUAACUCAAAUCCAUUAAAAGUGAGUAAUAUCAAAAUAUUUGAAGAAUUAGAUAAAGCAAUUUCUCAAAAUUAAGAAAAACUUUUCUACUCUAUCAAUUUAGCUAUGGAAAAAGAUAAAUUACAAUCAUUAAAAGUUGAAGAAAUUAAAAUUUUUGAGUUUAUAAGAGCCUAGUGCUAUAAUGAUCCUAAUAAUUCAUUAAUAAAACAUAAUUAAGUGACACGCUUAACUAGAAACGACUAUAUUAUGUUACUUAGCAAAUUAAUUUUAUAAAAAAAUUAUAAAUAUAAAUUAGUAUUUUCAGUUUCAUCAAAUUUUCUAUUAGUUAUUGGAAUUAUUCCAAAAGCAAAUUAAUCUUCACAAACAUCCUUUUUCACAUAAAAUUUCUCAUAUUCGACAUAAAAAUCAUGGUUUAAACUUAACUAAAUCAAAAAAGGAGAAAAUUUGGUUGAUAAAUAUACAAAUCCCUCUUAAUAAUAAUUCUUGUUAGAAAUAUGUUUAGAUUAAAAGCUAUUUUAAGUUUCUGAUUACCCUGAUAAGAAUAGCAUAAAUUGCUUAAGCCAGGAUCAAGUGCAUUUUUUUGAGUAAAAUAUAUAAGAAGAGCCAAGAAUUUCUUUUCACAUCUGUCAUGCAAAUGGAGGUAAAGUUGGAGAUACUCUUAGGAUACACGAUUUUUAAAUAGAAAUUUUAUGA